AUGUCUUUUAAUUCUCACAAUGAUGGCAAAAGCAUCAAACGUAAGACCGGUUUGUUUGGUAGUAUUCGCGAUAAGUUAGGUCGUUCAAAGAGUCCCGCUUCGAGUAGUCCAUCAUCUUUCUCAAAGGGAAUCCCGGAGAAUGCUGCUCCACCGGCAUAUACUUCCACUUCUCCUACAUCAUAUAACGACGCUCCCGCGUUCUACAAUAAUGCUGCUGCGGCAAAUAACACUACUUCUACAUCGGAGAGCUAUUCUCCUACACCUCAGAACUAUUGUCCUACACCUCAGAACUAUUCCCCUACAUCCCACAGCAAUAAUUUUGCAUCACAACAAACUUCUACAGUUCCCCAAACUAUCCAAACUACUCCACCACAUGACCUCGACAGUUCACCAUAUGCCCUUCUUUCCACAUUCGAUACAGUCCUUCUAAUCGAUGAUUCUGGCAGCAUGGAAUGGGGUUCUAAGCCUACACCUUGGAAACAAGUCUUCUCCGCUCUUCAAACCAUAGCACCAAUCAUUACUUCCUACGAUGCUGAUGGUAUCGACGUUUACUUCAUGAACCACAAGAGUCGCCACAUGGGUAAUCCAAGCAAAGGCGUCGCACCCACUGGUUACUACAACAUUCAAAAUGCAGCUUCAGUUGAAGAAGUAUGGACUAUAGUAAAUAGUCCACAGGGCAUAACCCCCACCGGCAACCGCAUCAAAGAUAUCCUCUCUCCUUACAUGAAACGACUCAAGGAGGAAAUGAGAGCGGGUCGAAACGUCAAACCAUUAAUUCUGAUUGUCAUAACCGAUGGAGACCCAUCGGAUGAUCCGGAAUCAGAAAUCGUCAAAGUCGCCAGACAGCUCGACGCACUUGACGCACCACUUACGCAAGUAGGAAUCCAAUUCUUUCAAGUAGGACAGGUGCCCCAGGCAAAACGAGCAUUGGAGGACCUUGAUGAUGCUUUGGAGCAUAAAUAUAAGAUUAGAGAUAUGGUAGAUACUGUCACAUGGAAUGGACGUAAUAGCGAAGCAGGAUUAUCUGGUGAAGGAAUCGUCAAGGCUGUACUUGGUUCGGUCAUUAAGAGACUUGAUAAUAAACCUGCCAGUGGAGAAUAUAAGAGGAGUUAA